ACGCAAACAAACGAAACCACUACAAUCAUAUUUGAAUACUUUCGUUGACUAAUUGGAAAUAUUAAUUUUUCUGAUCUGUAGACUGUUUUCACGUGGUAGUUCUUGGCUUCAGAGGUACGUGUAAGACUCCAUUUGUUUCCAACUUAGUGACAAAGUGAUUGCAGUGCGCGGUUGAUCGUGAAAUGGAUGAAUCGGCGCAGCGGGAUAAGCGACUGCAAGAACUGGAGCAAGUGGAUAAAGACAUCAUUCAGCUAAUCAGUCUUGCAGGUCAGUGCCUGCAAGAGCUGUCCAAAGAGAAGCCCGUUUCCAAAACAGCUGAAGGACACUGUACGAAUUUCUUGAAAACGCUGGAAGGAAUCGACAGAACACUCGCACAACAGGUCUCUCACCUCCAGCAAAUCUCUACGGGAGUCACUCAUGAAGGCACGCAUUAUGACUGCUCUAAAGAGCGCGAGAUUAUGCUCCGAUGCGAAGGUGAUCUGGAUGAAAUUUUGCAGUAUUUAGUGCAACAGAAAGAGCAGUAUCUCGCCAGCACUUUGCCUGAUCCGGCCGCUAUGGAGUCGGAUGAGGUGGUUUUCGAUGAAACUACAACCGUACGCACACCCCAAACAAUGUAAAAUCAGGCUGAUAACUUCCAGCCAUGAGUAUAAGUGUGGUUUGCGGUUCUAGUUUUAUAUUUAUUUAUGAUCUCGAUACUUUGCAGUCUGUCCUGUUCAAGUUUUGUUCUUCAUUCCGAAAUGGUUUUGGAGGCAACAUAAAAAUUUCUUGAUUUCA